AUGCCACUAGCGCUCUCGCUCAGGACCAUAAGCCGGAGGUGUUGGAGAAGCACCGAACGUUCCGCGUCGGCUCAGUCGCCUCGAGCCCUCUCUAUUACUUGUCAGGCAGGCAAACCCAUCAGCACCGAAGAAUUAUUCAAGUAUACGAACGGACGUUUCUUGGUCAAUGAAAACCACGCCCGUGAGCGCAGAUAUGUAAAGUUUGACGUCGACCAGCUCUGCGCGGUAGCUGCGUCCGCGAGCGGGCAACACUCGCCUGUCCACGCGAUUGAGAAGAUGGAAGGAGGGUUUAGCAAGGCACUCCUCCUGCGAAAGGAGGACGGAAGCGAAAUCAUUGCUAAAAUUCCGUUCUCUAUUGCCGGGCCUCUGAAGUGGCUACUGAUAUGGCUGGUGGCAGUACAUACACAUACUCGAGUCCCGGUUCCCAAGGUCCUGGCCUGGAGUUCCGAUCCUUCAAACCCUGUGGGCGCCGAAUUUAUCGUAAUGGAAAAAGCUCCUGGGAUACAGCUAUUCAAGACAUGGGAAGCGAUGAGUGAAUACGAUCGAUUCUGCCUCGUCAAGCUUUUGACGAAGAUAGAGGGCGGGUUGGCAGCGAUCCGCUUUCCCGCCAGCGGGAGUCUUUACCUCUGCGAGUCCAUGGCAGACGACGACACAUAUGUCGCUUUGGACCGUGAUAUGGAUCCAUCUGGGCGGUUCUGCAUAGGUCCAUCUUGCGAACGAGGGUGGUAUGCUCAGAGCACGACAGUAUCUUUGCAUUCUCCUUUCAAUCGAGGACCAUGGUCGAAUUUAUCCUCUUUCGGUAUUGCGCUUGUCGAAAGGGAAACUGCACGCAUUGAACAAAACCCAACGAGUGCUACGACUGAUCCACCACGUGGAUCCUUCGAUGAACAGAUUGCCGUCCUAAAAAUGGCCAGAGAUGUUAUGUCUAGGCUAGUCUCGCAGACACUCAUCGAUAGGGUCUCCCAGCCAGUCUUAUGGCACACCGACCUCCACAUGGGCAAUAUUUACGUCUCUAGCGAAGACCACACUAAGAUCGUCUCGCUUAUCGAUUGGCAGUCGAUUGUAGUCUCGCCUUUGUUUUUACAGGCCCGCUUUCCAGAGUUCUUGUCGGUUGACGAAGACUACGCCCUUGGCUCGGAGUUCCCUGAGCUACCGCAAGAUUAUCACCAGAUGGACGCAGAUGAGCAGGAAAUUGCUGAGUUUAAGCUAAAGGAAGCUAAGUUAGCUAAGGCAUAUGAAUUAUCCACUGGGCCCCAGAACAAGCAGGCAUACAAAGCCUUGUUUCUACCAUCCUUCCUACGGGAGCUGUUUAUUCGAUGUGGAGAGGCCUCAGAAGAGGGCGUAAUACCACUUCGGGCAUGCCUUAUUCAGCUCUCCGAGGUGUGGAAUGAGGUGGGGUUCACUGGCAAAUGCCCGUUCAGCUUCAGCGAAGACGACAGGCAAAAGCACGACCAACAGUUUGAGGAAUAUCGCCACUUUCAUAAAGUCCAAGAAAUCGCCAGAGAGCACCUGGACACUGAUUCCGAGGGCUGGAUUGCCCCUCAGUUUGAUUUCGCAAUGAAACAGCAGCAGAACGAGAGAUUGCUCCAAAUGGUCAUGCACAGAAGCAGUGAGUACAACAAGUCACCAGAAGAGGUUCGGAGAAUUUGGCCUUUUUUGGAAAGUUCAUAG